GGCGUCGCCGACCAUGGAGCCUCCCGACCCCUUCCCGCUGCUGGUGGAGGGACCCUGGGGUCCCCGGCCCCCCAAGAAGCUGCUCAACAAGCUGCGCCUCUACUUCCAGAGCGGCCGGAGGUCCGGCGGGGGCGAGUGCGUCCUGCGCCUCCAGCCGGGCGACCCCCCGACCCUCCUGGUCCUCUUCGCCCAGGACCACGUGAGAAGCCGCGUGCUGCAGCAAGCCAAGCACGAGGCAGUGCUGCUGGACGAAGAGACCGUCCGCUUCUCCGUCCGCCUGCCCGAUCACCACCGCGAGACCCCCCGGGAGACGACCCCCGCCCAGGAAUCCACGCCAGAUGAUGCGGCCCCGAAUCCAGGAGCCCCCGGGGUGGGCACAGAGGGCACGGAGGAGGCGGCGGCGGGCACGGCGGUGGUGGUGGUGAGCGCCGUGGGUGUGGAGGAGCCCCCCCAAACCCUGGUGGAGCUCUAUUUUGAGAGCAAGAAGCACUCGGGCGGUGGCCCCAUCCGAUCUUGUCGCCCCGGGCAGCAGGGCCUCGUCGUCACCUUCGAAAACCCCGCAGACGCGCAGCACGUGUCGCGGAGAGGACGGCACGUGGUGGACGGCGUGGAGCUGUGCGUGCGGCCGUGGCCGGAGCCCGAGCUCCCCGAGUCCCCCGAGCCGGGACCCCCGAGGAACGUGGCGUUGCUGGACAUCCCCAAGGAGGCCAGGCCCGAGUACCUGGCCAUGCUAGUGGAGCGAUACAGCGGACUGACCGAGGAAGACGACUUCUUCCUGGAGAUGGUGCCCCAGCUGAGUCUCGCCGUGGUCACCUUCCGAGACGGCUCAGGGGUGGAGGAGUUCACCCGGAAUUUCAACGAGAGGAAGAAGAACCAAAAUCAAAUCGUAGCAAAAACCCUGGAGCCCCUGGACAGCGUGAUGGUGGAGGGCCUUCCCCCCGGCUCCUUCGAGGACUACCUCACCAUUUACUUCGAGAGCCCCAAAAACGGCGGCGGCUCCGUCAGCGGCGUCACCCUUGACCCCGAGGAGAAUUCGGCCAUCGUGACCUUCGGCGACCCCGAAGUCCUGUCCGCCGUCCUGGCGAAGGAGCACUUCGUCAACAAGAAAGCGGUGUCCGUGCACGCCUACUGCAGGUCCCUGGGCACCGCGCUCUACGGGAAGGAGGGUCCCCCGCCCAGGCUGCCGGCCCCGCUGCCCCAGCCCGUGUGCCCUCACGCCUGGCGCCUCUUGCACCACGACGCCCGUCUGGCCGCGGAGCUGGAAGAGGAGAUGCGCGCCCGUCUCUGCCUCCUGGAGUGGGCCCCGCCGGACGGCGCCCGCCCGGAGAUCACCCUGCAUCCGGCGCCCGCCUUGGCCGGGGAGAGGGCGGCCGCCAUCCGGGGCUGGACGGAAGCGGCGGCCGCCGCCCUGGACGGCCACCUCGCCCGCUUCCGGGCGGCCCGGCUGGCCGUGACGCCGGCGGCCUGGGCGGCCGUCGGGGGCCGGCUGAGCGCCGAGGGCGUCCUGACCCUGCACGACCCGGAGGGGCACGUGGUGACCCUGGUGGGGCGGCGGGAGGACGUGGACCGGGUGGAGCCCGAGUGGCGGGCGCUGGUGGACAGGGAGCAGCGGAGCUUCGCCGAGGCGGUGGCGGUGCCCCCCGCCCAGCUGGACCUCCUGCGCCGCUGCGGCCUGGAGGAGGACAUCCGCGCGGCCGGCCCCGACCUGCGGGUCGGCUUCGACGCCGGCCACGUGGCCCUGACCGGCCUGGAGGCCGAGGUCUUCCGGGCCAAGUGCCACAUCCUGGAGCGGCUCCAGGGCCUGGCCCGGGGCCCGUGCGACCUGUGCCCCCGCCUCGUCAGCUUCCUGCGGCGGGUGGACAGCGCGGCCUUCUCCCGGACCCUGUUCGCCCCCUCGGGGAUCUUCGCCUUCUACGAGCUGGACGGAGAGGCCGUGGUCAUCACGGCCUCCUCCCCGCAGGCCCUGGCCGCCGCCCGGGAGGAGAUGAGGAAGGGGGUGGGCUCCCGGUCCAUCCCGGUGGCCGACCCCACCGUCCUGGAUCUGUCCGGCUGGCGAGAACUGGUGGACGGCCUGCCCGGGCCCGACUCCCAGAGCCCGGUCCUGGUCGACGACCUCUCGAAGGGGCCGGGGGCCGAGGUGGUGGUCACGGGCCACUCCCCGGCGUUGGAGGCGGCCUACGGCCCGCUGGCCGGCUUCGUGGACGGCAACACCCUCGACUGGAGGCUGGUGCCCGUGGCCCUGCUGGUGACCCUCCGCUACCUGGAGCAGAGGGAGAAGCUCUUCUGGGACAAGCUGGAGAGGGAGGGCCUGACGGUGGCCUUCGUCCCCGACGCGGGCCGCAGGGGCGUCUUCCUGAGGGGGCCCCGGCUGGCGGUGGCCAGCCAUCUGCCCCGCGUCCAGGAGGUCGUGGCCGCCCCGGUGUUCCGCGAGGUGCCCUUGGAGCGGCCGGGCGAGGACAGGUUCUUCAGGGACCAGGAGUCCCUGCUCACGGCCCUGGUCAAGGAGCAGUUCGGCUGCCUGAUCCACCUGCGGGAGGAGGGGGAAGAUCACCCCGGCGGGGCCGGCGGCCCGGGCCCGGUCCUCCUGCUCAAGGACCUGCCCGGGGGCGUCCGGCUGGUGGUCCGGCAGGGGGACCUGGCCCGCUACCCGGCCGACGCGGUGGUCAACCCGUCCAACGAGGACCUGAAGCACAGCGGGGGCCUGGCCGGCCACCUGGCCAGGCACGCCGGGCCGGAGCUGCAGGAGGCCUGCCGGCUCCUGGUGAGGAAGUCGGGGCCCGUGCCUCCGGGGGAGGCCGUGGCCACCGGGGCCUGGAGCCUCCCGUACGGCCAGGUGAUCCACGCCGUGGGGCCCAGGUGGAAGCCGGACGACCCCAAGGGGUGCGCCGCCCUGCUGGGCCGGGCCGUCCGCCAGAGCCUCCGCCUGGCGGACCUCGGCGGCCACGGCUCGGUGGCCGUCCCGGCCCUCAGCGCGGGCAUCUUCGGCUUUCCCCUGGCCUUGUGCGCGGAGACCAUCGUGGAGGCCGUGGCGGAGACCUCCCGGGGCGGGCUCCGGGCCGUCCGGGAGGUCCAUCUGGUGGACCUGUCCGAGGAGACCGUCCGGGCCCUCGCCGUGGCGGCGGCCCGCGGCCCCGGGGAGUUGGACACGGCCCCCGUCGCCGCCCCGAAGCAGAGGUCCCACCUCCAAGGUCAGCUGGAGGUGCUCUCUACCCUGCGCACCCAAGGAGGCCUGAAGAUGGUCCUGGAGAGCGGGAGGAUCGAGGCCGCGAAGACGCAGGUGAUCGUCAGCGGCGUGGCCCCCGAUCUGCGGCUGGGGAACGGCGUCCUGGGUUCCGCCCUGCUCCGGGCGGCCGGCCCAGAGCUGCAGGUCCAGCUGGAAAGCUACGAGGCCAGAGAGAAGGUGGUCGAAGGGUCCGUGUUCCCCACCGUAGGCGGGAAGCUGUGCUGCACCACGGUGCUGCACGUGGUCAUUCCCCAGUGGGACAACGGAGCCGGGACAGCGGAACAGAUCCUCAAGGACGUCACGAAGAAGUGCCUGGACAUGACCGAGGGGCUGUGCCUUCAGUCCGUGACCUUCCCGGCCAUCGGCUCGGGAAACCUGGGCUACCCCCCGGCCCUGGUGGCCCGCACCAUGGUCGAGGAGGUCGACCAGUUCAACUGGCUCAAGCAGUCGCUCGGCACGCUCUCCGAAGUCCGCUUCGUCGUGUUCCCCGAGAACGAGGAGAGCAUCCAGGCCUUUUCCUCCGAAUUCCACAGCAGGAAGGGCAACGCUGUCCUCAAGCCCCAGCCGGUCCCCAGGUCCCUCAAGGCACCAAGUAACCCAGGCCACGUGGGAAUCUGCAAAGCGGUGGUCGGGCCAGUCCAGCUGAAGGUGUCCUACGGAGACAUCACCUGGGAGAAAGGGGACGCCAUCGUCAACAUCACCAACGCCUCCCUUACACUCCGAAAAGGCGUUUCCAAGGCGAUCAUGGAGGCUGCGGGCCAGGCCAUCGUGGACCAGUGUGCCCAGUUGGGGGCCCAAUCCCCCAGGAGAAUCGUGGUCACCUCAGGAGGAGCCCUGCCUUGCAAAAACAUCAUCCACCUCAUCACCCAGGGGAACGUGAAGGCCAUGGUCACCUGCGUGCUCCAAGAAUGCGAGAAGUGCAAUUUCAGCUCGGUGACCUUCCCGGCCAUCGGCACAGGGGCGGCUCAACUGAACCCGGAAGAAGCAGCCGACAGCAUGAUCGGCGCCAUCUUCAAAUUCGUCGAGACCCAGAGGCUCCAGGCGUUGAGGAGCGUGAAGAUCGUCAUCUUCCAGCAGCAUCUGCAGGCCAUUUUCUGCGCUUCCUUGCAAAAACAAGUCGGGUUGCUCAAGCCCUCCAAGCCAGAGGACUCAAAGUUGAAGAUCAGUUUUCCGUCUCGGCUCCAGUCCAAACAAACCCAGAAGGCUGCUUCGAAAAAGAAAACCUUCCUCCAGAAGGAGUCGGAGGGGUCGGUCUUCCAGCUCUGCGGCCCGACGGAAAAGAAGGUCGACGCCGCGGCCUCCUGGCUCCGAGACCGGAUCCUCAAGGAGUCGAGCGAGAACACCAUCUCCGACGACUUGCUGGAGGAAUUCGACCCCGGGGAGGAAGCCGCCUUGAAGGAGCUCCAGGAAUUCCACCGGGUCCAGCUGAAGGAGGACAGCCCCACCUCCCUCCGGGUCUCCGGCCUGACCCGGGACGUCCUGGUGGUUUGCAACAAGAUCCAGGAGCUGCUCAGGCAACUCCGGACGGCCAAGGAGGAGGAGGCCAAAGCCGAGCUCUGCUCCAGGUUGGUGAGGUGGCAACGAAGCGAGGGGGGCCAACCCGUCCCCUUUGACAAGCUGACCAACCUGGCUUUGGAGACCGCGCACAAGGAGGGCAAGGUCAUCAGCGUCCUGGUCAACCAGCAAGAGCUCCAGGUGGACUUUAGUGCUAUGCAGGUCACUGGCUAUCAAGGGAACAGCUGGCCCAUUCAGCGAGUCUCCCUGCAAGGAGGAAAACUCUUUGAGUUGCCCAAAGAGUGGGAGGACAUGAAGGAGCAGGAAGUGAAGGUGGUCCCACUGCGCCAGGGAAGCCGGGAAUACCAAAACGUCCAGGCCAGAUUCUGUCAGACCUGUUCAAAGUUCCGGAUCAUCACGAUCGACCGGAUUCAGAACCUCUACCUGUGGCAAAGCUACCAGGUGAAGAAGCAGAGCAUGGACACCAAGAAAGACGGAGCCAGCAACGAGCGGCAACUCUUCCACGGCACCGCCCCCAAUACGAUCGACCACAUUAACAAAAUGGGCUUCAACCGAAGCUACGCGGGCCUGCACGCAGCCUUGUUGGGGAACGGUACUUACUUUGCUGUGAACGCCAACUACUCGGCCAACGACACGUACUCAAAACCCAACAUACAGGGCAUCAAGUUCAUGUAUCUGGCCCGUGUGCUCACCGGAGAGUUCUGCGUGGGAUGGCAAGGACUCAUCACGCCUCCGGCGAAAAACACUCAGGACCCCACGGACCUGUACGACACCGUGACCGACCAACUUACCGCCCCGUCCAUGUUCAUCGUCUUCAACGACACCCAGGCCUACCCCGAGUACCUCAUCAAGUUCACCAAGUGACCCGGCCCUCCGAUCGAUCGAUCGAUAGAUCGAUCCGGGGCCGCCCGGCUCUCCCAUCGGCCCGGGAGCCCCUCCGGGCCGGAAACCGGACCCACGAACUCACUUGGAGUGUCCCAAGUGCCUUAUGCAUUUUCUCCGCUCACAGUAACCACCCCCAAUAAAUGCCCCUGAAUGAA